GCAAGACCAUAAUAGAUGCGAUUGUAGAGUACAUGUGUAAGGAAUACUCUCUCGUAGAUGCGGACUUCAACACUGCUGACCGUGCUUUGGGCUGGCGCGCCCCUCUCCGGGAACUCGUAAAGAUCAUGCUGGAAAGUCAACGUAAAUCAGAUCAUUCCAACGUCGAAACAGCAGGAGCAUCAAAGCCCGAAGCUGGAGGAGCAGGCGGCUCUCGCCUGCGGGGGAAGCAUGCAGCGGGUUCUUCGUCGUCUACUUCGAAGCAAGAAAGUAUUAACGUCGUAGAAACCUCAUCUAGAA